UCAAGGAGGAGAGAAAGCUUUUUUACCUCGGAAUAUCGAUGACAUCAACCACCUCCUAUUCUCUCCUCGAGCGCGCAGCCGACCAAAGCUCGUGCAGGAAAAUGGGGGCGCGGAGAUAACGGUGUCGAAAAGAGGUUGAACCUGCGACUCCAGCAGCUUUGAGUCACUGUCUCAGUUUCUGUCUCAGUCUCUGUCUCUGUCUCCGGAUACGCGGAAUUACCAUCCAGAGCCGCUCGCGCGGACGGACAGGAAGCGCGAGCGCACAUGAAUUUGUCCCAACGCUGCAAACAACAAAGGCAUUCGGGUUCAAACUGCUGAGGAUUACCAAAACCAGGACAUGAAGCCAAAACGGGUUUAAAAAGACAGUGUGUGUGCCUGAACGAUUGUGUGUGCUUCCCCGUCAUGGCUCCUGGCUCGGUGGAGGUGUUUCCCUCUUCUCUCUUGCUCCUGCUGGCCCUCCUGCUCUCCUCGUUGUCCAGCACCUGCCAUGCCUUAUCUUCCCCCAAGUUCACAAAGAUCCCGACAGAUCAGAUAGGAGUGUCCGGUGGUGUGGUGUCCUUCGUGUGUCAAGCCACAGGCGACCCGAAGCCACAGGUCAUCUGGAACAAAAAGGGCAAAAAGGUCAACUCUCAGAGGAUAGAGACCAUAGAGUUUGAUGAAGGAGCGGGGGCGGUGCUUCGUAUCCAGCCACUGCGAGCUCCGCGAGAUGAGAAUGUUUAUGAGUGUGUGGCCCGGAACAGUGAGGGCGAAAUCGCAGUCACCUCCAAGCUGUCCAUUAUCAGAGAGGACCUGUUGCCAUUUGGCUUCCCCAGUAUAGACAUGGGUCCCCAGCUGAAGGUGGUGGAGAGAACGCGCACUGCCACCAUGCUCUGCGCUGCCAGUGGCAUCCCCGAUCCAGAGAUCUCCUGGUUCAAAGACUUCCUUCCUGUGGAGCCAGCGCUCAGCCAGGGUCGUAUUAAACAGCUACGAUCAGGUGCCUUGCAGAUCGAGCGGAGCGAGGAGACAGACCAGGGGAAAUAUGAGUGUGUAGCAUCGAACUCGCAAGGAGUACGCUACUCCUCCCCGGCCAAUCUCUACGUGAGAGUUCGUCGAGUGCCGCCCCGUUUCACCAUCCUGCCCUCGAGUCAUGAGAUCAUGCCAGGAGGAAGUGUAAAUAUCACAUGUGUAGCAGUGGGUUCCCCCAUGCCCUACGUGAAAUGGAUGCUGAACUCUGAAGACCUGACGCCUGAAGACGAGAUGCCGGUCGGCCGGAAUGUUCUGGAGCUGAAUAGCGUCCGUGAGUCAGCCAACUACACCUGCGUGGCCAUGAGCAGCUUGGGGAUUAUAGAAGCUGUGGCUCAGGUCAUCGUUAAAUCAUUACCCAGAGCUCCCGGCACCCCCAUCGUGACAGAGACAACGGCCACAAGCAUCACCAUCACCUGGGACUCUGGCAACCCAGACCCCGUGUCCUAUUAUAUCAUCCAAUACCGGGCAAAAUCACCCGACAGCAAGUUUGAGACGGUGGAUGGCAUCACAACGACGCGCUACAGCAUCGGUGGCCUCUACCCCAACACUGAGUACGAAAUCCGUGUCUCCGCAUUCAACACCAUCGGCCAGGGCCCACCUAGCAACAAGGUGGAUGCUAGGACAGGGGAGCAGGCACCAGCCAGCCCGCCUCGGAACGUCCAGGCUCAAAUCAUCUCACCCAGCGCAGUAACAGUCAGGUGGGAGGAGCCUGAAGAACCCAAUGGCCAGAUAAAGGGCUAUCGAGUUUACUACACCAUGGACCCGUCCCAGCCAAUGAGCAACUGGAAGAUCCAUAAUGUUCAGGAUAGUGUGAUCACUACCAUCCAGAGCCUGGCUCCAUCUGAGACCUAUACCAUCCGUGUGUUGGCUUUUACCUCUGUUGGAGAUGGCCCCUUCUCUGACUCAGUGCAUAUUAAAGUCCUGCCUGGGGUCCCAGGCCAGCCAGGGAAGUUCCGAGUGGGCAAAGUGAGAGAUACGAGCAUCGAGCUGAUGUGGGAUCCGCCGUUCUCUAAAGAGCCCAUCAAGAGCUACGAGCUCAUUUACAGAGCUGCCAAACAUGGCACGCAGGAGAAGAAGGGCUUUGAGCCCAGGUCCUCGUAUGUUGUCGAGGGUCUGCGAGCAAACACAGAGUACACCUUCUCUCUGGCGGCCAUUUCCAGCAAAGGCAUCGGAGCCUUCACCAAUGAGAUCAUCCAGCGCACUGCACAAGCCAGGGGCCCUCUGGGUACAGCAAGGGGGCCAUGGGAACCUUCCUACCCAUUGUUUACUGCACUUCUCUUGGAUGCCUCUGGAUUACGGAGAAGCAGGAAAUAUCCAGGAGCCAAUGCAGUAAAGAUGCAGGGAACCAGCGAUGCCAUCCACAAGCUGAUUGGUGGACGAUAUGUGCCUAGGAACUUUUCUGUGAAUCUGGCGACCAAGACGAGUGUGUUGCUGACAUGGGAGUUUCCGGAGAGCAGCUCCCCCUACCGCUUUACUGUGGAGUAUAAUCGUCAGAAGAUGGAGGUGGAUGCUCGUUUAAGGAAGGCCGUGAUCCCCAACCUGAUGCCUGACACCAGCUACGAUUUUAAAAUCACCAGUCCUGAGGGCAACCUGGGUGGCCUGAGACACCGCAUCCAUGCCAAAACCUCACCUCCCAUGGUCAUCAAUCGGCCCGAGAUUGACCACAGCCGGGACACUGAGACCACCGUCACCAUCAUACUGCCCUCACUGGACACCAGGAACAACGUUAGGAAUAUCUAUGUGGUGGUGGUUCCGCUGAAGAGAGGCCGAGGAGGGAACCGGCAUCUAAAGAGCCCAGAUGAAAUGGACUUGGAAGAGCUGUUGAAGGACAUUAGCCAGAAGCAGCAUGACCCACGGCAGAGGCAAGUGGACCUGCGUCGCGCCUACAUCACCGCCCGCUUCACUCCGUCCACCCUGCCUGCGUUCUUCACGCUUGGGGACCAGCUGGACUAUGGUGGCUUUGAUAACCGUGCUCUGGAGUCUGGCCAGGAGUAUGUCUUCUUUAUCCUCGCUGAACUCAACUCCACCACUGGGAAGAUGUUCGUUGCCAGCCCCUACACGGACCCGGUCAUUGCACCUGACUCAGACCCCCAGCCUCUGGAUGCUGGAGAUGGACUCAUCUGGGUGGUAGGACCUGUCCUGGCUGUAGUCUUCAUCAUCUGCAUCGUCAUCGCUAUCCUGCUGUACAAGAACAAACCAGACAGCAAGCGCAAAGACUCUGAGCCUGGCACCAAGUGUUUACUGAACAACGCUGAAAUGAUGGCUCAUCACCCCACCGACCCCGUCGAGAUGAGACGCAUCAAUUUCCAGACACCAGGUAUGAUGUGUCACCCUCCUAUCCCAAUCUCCGUCCUGGCAGAACACACCGAGCUUCAGAAGGCUAACGACAACCUCCGGCUCUCCCAGGAGUACGAGUCCAUUGAUCCCGGGCAGCAGUUCACAUGGGAGCACUCGAACCUGGAAGUGAACAAGCCAAAGAACCGCUACGCUAACGUCAUUGCCUAUGAUCAUACCAGGGUCGUCCUCUCACCAGUGAAUGGCAUUAUAGGUAGCGACUACAUCAACGCAAACUACAUUGAUGGCUACAGGAAGCAGAAUGCGUACAUCGCCACACAGGGCCCGCUGCCUGAGACAUUCGGAGACUUCUGGAGGAUGGUGUGGGAGCAGAGAGCUGCGUCGAUAGUUAUGAUGACUAAACUGGAGGAGAAAUCACGGAUAAAGUGUGAUCAGUACUGGCCCAGCAGAGGCACAGAAACGUACGGCUUGGUGCAGGUCACUCUGCUGGACACCAUGGAGCUUGCCACGUUCUGUGUGCGGACCCUCUCAUUGCACAAGAGUGGCUGUAAUGAGAGGAGAGAGGUGAGACAGUUCCAGUUCACGGCAUGGCCUGAUCAUGGUGUACCCGAGUAUCCCACUCCAUUCUUGGCUUUCCUGCGCAGAGUCAAAGCCUGUAAUCCUCCAGAUGCAGGGCCUAUCAUUGUUCACUGCAGUGCGGGCGUGGGACGUACAGGCUGCUUCAUUGUGAUCGAUGCCAUGCUGGAGCGUAUCCGUCACGAGCGCACCGUGGACAUCUAUGGUCAUGUGACGCUGAUGCGCUCUCAGAGGAAUUACAUGGUGCAGACGGAAGAUCAGUACAGCUUCAUCCAUGAGGCCCUGCUGGAGGCUGUCACCUGUGGCAACACUGAGGUGGCAGCACGCAGCCUCUACUCCUACAUGCAGAAACUGGCACAGGUGGAAAGCGGCGAGCACGUCACAGGCAGGGCACUGGAAUUUAAGCGCCUGGCGAACACUAAAGCCCACACCUCCAGGUUUGUGACGGCCAACUUGCCCUGCAACAAGUUCAAGAACAGGCUGGUAAACAUCAUGCCAUAUGAGACCACCCGCGUGUGCCUGCAGCCAAUCAGAGGCCUCGAUGGCUCUGACUACAUCAACGCCAGCUUUAUUGAUGGAUACAGGCAGCAGAAGGCAUACAUCGCCACACAAGGUCCUUUAGCGGAGACCACAGAGGAUUUCUGGAGGAUGCUGUGGGAGCACAACUCCACCAUCGUGGUCAUGCUUACCAAACUGAGAGAAAUGGGGCGGGAAAAAUGUCACCAGUACUGGCCUGCAGAACGCUCUGCCCGCUACCAGUACUUUGUGGUGGACCCCAUGGCCGAGUACAACAUGCCUCAGUAUAUCCUGAGAGAAUUCAAAGUUACAGACGCAAGAGACGGACAGUCACGGACAGUCAGGCAGUUCCAGUUCACUGACUGGCCCGAGCAGGGAGUGCCAAAAUCAGGAGAGGGCUUCAUCGAUUUCAUUGGGCAGGUGCACAAAACCAAGGAGCAGUUCGGGCAGGACGGGCCAAUCACUGUCCACUGCAGUGCGGGCGUGGGUAGGACGGGUGUGUUCAUCACUCUCAGUAUCGUGCUGGAGAGGAUGCGUUACGAGGGAGCUGUGGACAUCUUCCAAACAGUCAAAAUGCUGCGCACACAACGACCAGCCAUGGUGCAGACAGAGGAUGAAUACCAGUUCUGUUACCAGGCCGCCCUCGAGUACUUGGGAAGCUUCGAUCACUAUGCAACAUAAAAGGAGGAAGAACACACUCAUCUCACCAACAACCUGUCUCGAUGUUUUACAACGCUACAGAAAUUCUCUUGUUCCAUGAUGCCAUUGCGAAGGGGAACGUUUUGAAGUACGAUGACAUCGAAAAGAAAUUUGGAGGAGGAAAAAAUACGACAAAAUGACAAAUGAAAAGGUUUUCUCUCAAGAGCUUCCCAGGGAAGUUCUGUAUCACAGCAAGCUUAUUACCUCAGUGUUCAGUUAUUGAUAUUAAUGUCGUGGUCGCCUUUUUAGAAAUAUUACAAUGUGGAUAAAUAAAUGAAACCUCUUUCAAAACAAAAAAAAAAUAUGAUAUGUAAAAAAAAAAACAAACAAUGAAAUCAAACGCCUGGAAAAUUGCUGCACUCUUCACUGGGAGUUUAACCCGAACUGUAUUUGCCAAUGAAAAGAUCAGAUGUGAACUCCAGUCAGCUCCUGAAUGACGAAGGUUUUCGGUGCCGUAAAGGAAGCAGAACUCGUACCUUCUGUGCCUAACGGAGCAACAACAGCAGAGGGUCAAAGGUUAUGGAUUCUCUUGGUUUCGGAGGCGAACGGCUGUAUCACUGACUCUUCUUACACUACAUUAGUAAUGUGAUAUAAUCAGCUUCAGUGUCUCUUUUACUCCUGGUCAGUUGGAGCGCUAUUGUGAUUGAACCUUGCCUUUGAAGAGCUGUCAGAUACGUCUAUAGAUUUUGUCGGAUUUCGACAGAGCGCCUGUGAAUACUGUUAUUCUGAUGUGUGUCACUCUUUCUCUUUCUUUCUCUUUCUCUCUGUCUCUUUCUCUCUCCACAAAUAUGCUGCUUAUACCCUGUGUGUGAGAAGAAAAUAUGAGUUAGCAAUGGCUUAAAUUUAGUCAUCUCCUGAAAAUGUCGAAAAGUGGAGCUUUUUUUUUUAUUAUAAGAUCCAAGACUGCAGAUCAAGAAGCUGGUUUUUUUGAGCCCGUAUAAAGACCAUACACAUACAAUACGCCCUUAUUCUGUUCUGAGAUAAACACUAGGGGCAGUAAUGACCAUAACAUGACCAUGUAUAUAUCUUGGCAGAAAAUAUAAAGCUGAAGUAUUUCUAAUUCUAAUGGUCCUGCCAACUCUAAAGGUCUCAAGAAGACUCCUUUCACAAGUAAAUUUCAAAGCAUUCUAGUGUUCUUACUAAAAACUAAAAAGCUUCGUAAAGUUGAAUAAAACCCUUGCCAAAAGCGAAGACUGACUGCAGAAGCCAGUAAAAGUCAGUUAUUCCAGUUGUUCUCUCGCUUAAUUAAACUGAGCUAGAAGAAAAUGUUAUGUUUUUGUUUAGUGGAGGAGUCGUGUGUAGGCAUAGCACAAAUGAGUUUCAUAUGAAUAGUUACAGAGGAUUUAGCACAAGCUGUCUGAAACGGAGGAGGAUGGAGGACAGUUUUCGUAGGUCUGAUACUCUUCUCGUCAAGAGACUAAAAGUGAGCCUUAUUGUCGUCGUCAAAUAUUUAACCAACAUGAUUUUUUAUUUCGUUUUGCUGAUAUUAUGCUUGUAUUUUUAAUAAUAUUUAUAUUAUUUUGGAGUACUUGCUGGAAUAUAAUCGACGAGAUGUUGUGUAGUUGGCAAGCUAACGUGACUGUACAUGGUCCCUCUGUACGUUUUUUGAUAUUUCCUGUACAAUUCUCUCUUAGAGUGUCCUGUAGGAACAGAACAGCACAAGGCCUGGAAUGAGCUUGUUCCUAAAAAAAAAAAAAUUGAAUUAUCUCCCAGAAGGGCCAAACAACCCUCCGUACUUUUGUGAAAAUGACCAUGUACCCUGUUUCUCGUCAGAAAGAUCAGCUCUCCAGAGUGUCAGUACUAUAAAUAUAAUUCUCCUGCUGAUAAUAAUAAUUACACCAAAACAAAUGACGACUACUUAAAAGUAUUCGAGAGAGAUUAAGGAACAUUAAAAUGACCACAGCGACUUUUAGAGCCUAUUCUUUAAAGCACAUACUGAUGGAGUUGAUGAUGAUGUUAUUUUAACUUAUAUUUAUUACCCUUUAUUAUCCAAUCUACUUAUUUAUAUUAGAUUACGGCUGAUGUUUGUUGAUAUAUAUGGAAAUGGUUAUGGUGAAAUUGCACAAUAUACAGCAUUAUGAUCAAAAUAGCUCUGUAACAAUGGAGCAUAUGUUCAAAUGCAGUUUAACAUGGGCUGAAGUGAUAGAGGAGAUGAACUUUUCUCCUCAUCCCUCAAGGUAAAGCACAUAUGAAAGACUUACAACUGAAUAUGUAACAACCUUAAAAGUACAUACAGUAUAUAUAGCCAGCUUUUGACAUAUCUUACAAAUGUCACAGCACAUACAGUGCCCCAGAUAGUAUUCACCCCUAGUGAUUCUUUCUCUUUUUGCUGUGUUGUAACAUCAAAUUUAAGUAUAUUAGAAUAGGAUUUUUCCCUUGCUCCUUUAGAAGUGACUCUCUACAGAAAUAAAAUUAAAUGAAUUAUAUAGAUGUCCUCAGAAAUAUUUACAAAUAAAAAAUCUAAACACUGCUUAAUUGAAAAGUGUAAAGUUAAGAGACAAUACUUAGUGCGUUGUCCUUUUGCAGAAAGUACAGCUUUGAGUCGUCUCGGAUAUGCCUCUGUGAGCUUUGCACAUUUUGAUUUUGGCAUUUUCUCCCAUUCCUCAAUGCAAUUUUUCUCCAACUCUCCCAAAUUAGAUGGAGUUAACAACAAUUUUCAGGUCAUGCCACAGAUUUUCAAUUAGAUUUAAGUAUAGUCUUUGACUCGGCCAUUCUAAAACACAGAGCUUCUGUUUUCAAGCCAUUCUUUUGUAGUUUUUGCUCUUAGACACAGAUUUCUGGCUGACUGGAACAGGUUCUCCUCAAGAAUCUGCCUAUAUUGAGGUCCAUCCAUGUUGCCCUUGAUGGCAACAAGAUUUUCAGGUCCUCCUGCUGGAAAGCAACCCCAGAGCAUGAUGCUGCUACCACCAUCCUUGGUGAUAGGAAUGGUGUUACUUGAGUGUUGGGCUGUGUUUGAUCUGUGCCAAACAUAAUACUUAUAGACCAAAUGUCUCAAAAUCAUUUUCCAAAAGCUCUCAGAUUUUGUCCCAUGGCAUCUAGACAACUCCAGGAAUUGUUUUUUUUUAAAAAAAUGUUAGCCUUUCUCAGAAGUGGCUUCCUUCUGGCCAUUGUCCUAAAUCCCAGAUCUGUGAAGAGCUGAUGAUAUCGUUGAGGUCUGCACAGGUUCUUCUAUUUAAGCCAGUGAGCUGUGUAAUUCCUUCAGUGUUGUCAACCUCUUGACACUUCUCUGACAAAUGCCCUGCAUGCCCGUGUGCUCAGUUUGGAAGAAUGGCCUGAUUUUGGUAGUGUCUGGGUUGUGCCAUAUUUUUCCCACUUUGUUAUAAUGGAUUUCUUAGUAGUCCUAGGGAGUUUCAAAGCUUUGAUGAUCUUUUUCUAACCCUCUCCAGUUUUUUUUUUCCUACUAACUACUAUAUCUUGAAGCUUCAUGGGCAGUUCUUUGGUCCUUGUGAGAGCACGACUGAUCUGAUCUGACAUUUUAUCUGUGAGACCUCCCAAAGUCAGUGAUGUUUACUGUGCAAGCAUACAAUUGGACACAGGUGGAUUUGAAAUGAAUGCAGGUGUACCUUAUUUAACAUUUUUAGUGUGAGUGCUCAAGAAAAUUAAAUACUUUAGACUGUUAAAAGAAGGGGGGGGGGAUACUUAUCAAUUAAUUUUUUUAAAAUUAUUCUGAGAACAUCCAAAUAAUUUAUUUAAUGUUAUUUAUUUAGAGAGUUACUUCAAAAGAACCAGAAAAAAAAAGCAUUCUGAUAUAUUUGAUGUUGCAAUACAGCAAAAAGAGAACUAAUCACUAGCGGGUGAAUACUUCCUGAAGGCACUGUAAAAGAGGGAAAAUAAAGCAGGAUAACUCACAGAAUUUGGAUAAAAAAUGGACCCCAAGAUUUUAAUACAUUGCAAGAUAUUCAGGCCAAGUGCUAACAAGUGUUCACACUUUCAACCUCUUACUUCUCUCUGCUGAUUUAUUUGAAAUCAUAUAUGUAGAUAUGUUGACUUUGUAAUAAAAACAGAAAGACUGGAUACACA